AUGGGAAGAUCGGGUGCAUCUUCAUGCCUCAAGAUCAUCACCUGCGGCAGUGAUCCAGUCGACCGUGACGAUCUCCAAGCAACAGAUAGCCAGGAUUCAAGCGAUAGACGUGGAUGGAGUUUCCGGAAGAAAUCUGCUAGACAUCAAGUUCUGAACACUACUGUUAUCUCAGGAGCACCCUCCUUGAACAAAGCAAGCUCGGAAUCUGCCACUGUCAGCUUCCAGUCACAACCUAACUUGACUUCUCCAGAAAAAACUUCUUCAAUUCAAUUGACCGAUGAAAAAAUUGACUUGCCAGCUCAAGUGAGCUCAAAACUAUCAGACGCCAUACCUGUCAGAGAAGAAAACACUGCUGUCAAAGGGACCCCAGAGGAGUCCACCAUUAUUGCUAUCCAGGCUGCUAUUAGGGGAUUUCUGGCUCGGAAACUACUACUCAAGCACAAGAACAUAAUUAAAUUGCAAGCUGCUGUACGAGGACAUUUAGUUCGGCAACAUGCUGUGGGAACUCUUCGGUGUGUCCAAGCCAUUAUCAAGAUGCAGAUUCUUGUUCGAGCACGUCAUGCUCGUCAGCUUGUAGAAGGGUCUUUAGAGAAGGAAAAGAAUAAACAUGGGAAUGAUGGUCACAUUCCAAAACUCUUGGGGAGUAAAGGAGAAGAUAGACCUGUCACAUAUACUUCAAAUGAGAAACUACUACGCAACAGAUUUGCUCGUCAGCUUAUGGAAUCGAUACCACGGACAAAAACUAUCAAUAUCAAGUGUGAUCCUUCAAAAUCUGACGUGACCUGGAAAUGGUUGGAGAGAUGGAUGUCUGUUUCAUCAAUGAGCAGUGAAGAGACACAUGAAUCAGGAUUGGCUGCAGAGAAGCUGGAGAAGGACGACCGUGGGUGUUCUGUUGCCCAAGUGGAAAUCGUAGUUCCAUCUGAAAGUUAUUCCGAGCCAAAAGAUUUGAUGUCUGAUGUACGAGCAUCAUCUGGGACGUCUGAAAAUGAUGACAGUUUGAUCACUUACGAUGCAGAAAACUUGGACCUCCAAGCGAACAUAUCAACUUCACCUUCCUUGAGUCAUAUACGUGUGCAGUCUCAGUUCCAUAACAUUGAUGAAUCUAAUUCAAGAUAUAAUAUGUCGGAGUCUCUUCCUAUUCAGAAUAAAGAAUCAGAUUUAAUUUCGGAAGUGGAACACAUAUCUUUUCCAGGGAAGGCUGAAACAGCAAAUGAAGAUAUGCUUGCUGCAAAAAGGUUCCCCCCUGAGCAACCUGAAACUGAUGUAAAGAAGUUGACAUUCAGUUCAAGGAAGGCCAGUAAUCCUGCAUUUAUUGCUGCUCAGUCAAAAUUCGAGGAACUGAGUUCAUCCACCAGUUCGGCUAAGUUAACAAGUCUGUCCAAUCAACAUCAUGGAGUUGAACCUAAAGCAGAUAAGACUUUUUCUGUAACUGAUCAAACAAUUGGGUCUAGGGAGAUGGACUCGGCUGAUAAUUCUGUUUCUCAUGCUUCAGUUCUUCAAAUUGGUGGCUCUGAAUGUGGGACUGAACUUUCCAUUUCUUCAACUCUUGAUUCACCAGAUAGGUCUGAGGUUGGAGCCAUUGAAUCUGAACAGGGACAUAAAUUUUCAGAUGUGAUUGACCAUCCAGAAAUCAAUGAGAAUGUGGGAGUUGAAAUUAAUGGCAAGUCCAGUAUUCCAGCAACUGAUUUAUCAUAUACCAAAUCAGAUCAGUCUGAGAGGCUUGACAGCACUAACCAUGCCAAUGGUGAAAGUGGUAAGUCCACGAAUGCUGCAGAUUCAUCACAGGCAAAAGAGAAGCAAGAUACAGAUCCAAAUGACGUGAAUCUGGAGCUGGAAUCUGAGGCUAGCCAUCCGGCAUAUAAGUUGUCGCCUGAAGCUUCUCCAAGAAGUCAUAUUACUGUCUCUGAAUCUCAUGCAACACCUUCUAGCCAGACAUCUGUGAAACCCAGGAAAACCAGAAGUGCAAAAAGUGAAUCCAAUUGGAAAAGUAGGUCAUCAUCUGUGGAUAAAAGAUCCCCUUCAAAUCGUAAUCUAGAUUCUGGUGCAAGAAGUAGCUUGGAACAGUUACCUAAGGAUCAUAAAACUGGAAAGAGGCGAAACUCCUAUGUUGCAACUAAACCAGAUAAUGUUGACCAAGAACCAAGAGAUAGUGGUAGCAGUAAUUCUGUACCAAGUUACAUGCAAGCAACGGAGUCUGCAAGAGCUAAAGCUAUUACCAAUAGCUCCCCAAGGUCAAGUCCAGAUGUACAAGACAAGGAUAUUUACGUAAAAAAGAGACACUCCCUACCUGGCACGAAUGGAAGACAGGGAUCACCGCGCAUUGAGCGCUCUAUGUCUCAGACACAGCAGGGUACAAAGGGGAAUGAAAUGCAUUCUCCUCAAGAUCGCAAGUGGCGGAGGUGA